AUGGCACUUAAUCUAUUGGAAAUAUUAUCCAAAGAUUACAAGACACUUUUGGAAACUGGUGACUUUGCUGAUAUUGUUAUUCAAGUCGGCGAAGGACCACAGGCCAGAACUUGGUUUAAAGCUCAUUCACUCGUUUUAAAGGCUCGGUCCCCUUAUUUUCGGAAUAAACUGGCUACUGAUUGUUCAAAUGUGGUUGCGUUUAAUGAACCAAAUAUUAGUCCAAAGUUGUUCAGUGUGCUUCUAAUGUAUAUUUACUUGGGAACUAUUGAACUUGAGGCGUAUAGUGCACCAGAAAUAAUGUAUCUUUUAUGUGGUGCUCGUGAAUUGUGUCUAAGGGAAUUAGUCGAUUUUAUUCAAGACUACCUCAUUGAAAAAAAGGAUCUUAUCAAAAGACAUUUCUUUUUUGUAGCCAGAGCAUCAUACAAUCAUUUUGAGAAACUCUCAAUGCACUGUAACAACAUUCUCAAGGAAGAUCCUGCGACUUUUAUUAAUUCUCAGGAUUUUAUCACCAUCAAAAAGAAUGAGUUACUUUCUUUUUACAAGAAUCAUCCUACCAACAUAAGGGAAAUUAUUUUGUGGGAGAAACUUGUUGAAUGGGGAGUUGCUCAAUUUCCUUCGAUGACAUUGGAUCUUACUACGUGGACCGAUGAAGAUUUUGAAUCUCUAAGGGAAUUGAUGGACCCUUUUAUUUCAUACAUCGAUUUCCACAAGGUCACUCGUAGUGAAUUCCUUAAGAAUAUAAGACCAUUUAAGAAACUAUUCGAUGAUAGUUUCUAUAUCGAAAUUUUAGAAUAUCAUACUUUCCCGGAACUAACCUCCGAGUCAUUGACACCGGAAGUAUUAUCAUCUCCUAGAAAUGGGAAUUGUUGUAAUAAGAAAAGUUAUUCGAAGCCUAUUAGAAAUAGUGGGGAUAGUUUUAGAGUAAAAGAGUAUGAGGUUUAUCAGCAAAGAAUGAACUUUAAUCACUUUAUUCGAGAUGGUGACUUUGUAUUUUGUGAAUACGAAAAACUCGAAUCUAUAGCUAAAGAAUGUGAUUUGGAUAUAGUUCAUAAAGAAAAAAUAUUAGAAGGAUAUCAACUUUACAUAGUUGAACAAUGGGUUUGUGAUAAAAAAGUUAGGUUUUACAAUACAGUGACCGUUUUUACUGGAGUUCCUUCUCACCGGAUCACAGUAUGUUCUAUUCACAUUAAAAAGUUAGAAAUUUAUCCAUUUAAAAUUGAACAAAUGUUUAAAAUGUUAGAAGAAGAUAAUACGCGACAGAAAGUUACUGAUAUAGGAUUAAUUUUUGUGACAAACCUGAGCACAUUUCCUUCUUCAUUAAAUAUUAUCUUGGUGCCUGAUGGAGAUUAUAAAAAACAUUAUCUUGAAUUUUAUUUAAAUUCAAAUUUACGAAAAAUUGGUUGCAGUGGAAGAAGCGCUUUAUCUUUAAAACCACCAACUGACGCUCAAAAAGAUAAAUUUUAUCAAUUAUAUUCAAUAUCCGAAAUGGCACCCUUUGAAGUUGCCGUUUUGGAAUUAGUAAAAUUGGUUCAAAUUUCAUUAUACAUUUUUGAUAAAUUUCCAAUAAGUUUUGUUGAUGGAUUAUUAUGUGAUUCGACCGAAAAUGCUCUUAGAGAGUUCAAUAGAGAAUAUAAAAGCAUUACGUUUCGUGAUAAUAUAUUGGAACCAGUUUUGGUCGCUGAAAUAUUGAAAAUAAUUGUUAAUAUUCGAAACGAACUUCAUUCAUUGAAUUAUCAGGUUGGAAAAGAUCCAUUUUCUGAUCCGGAAUCAUUUCUCAACGGGAUAGCUGCAUUUCAGAAAUCGGUCAAAAUAAAUAUAACACGUAAAUUAGACAAACCGACGAUAGAGAAAAUUCAUUUUUAUUAUGAUCGUCAAAGAUAUCCUGAUGGAUUAAAAGUUUUAAAGUCCAAGAUUGAAGAUAUUUCUGGAAUAUCUGCAACCGACAUUGAAACAUCAAGUUUAGAAAAGUUUUGGAAAAAUGUGAAUAUUGACAGUUUGAGAUAUUUAUGGAAAGGAAAAAAAGAAUCAUCACAACAAUUAAAUGACUCCGAUUGGUUUCAAGGAGGAAAAGAAUUAGGGAAGAGUUUUUUGCGUGGUGCAAAGACUGGAGAAGUAUUAAAAGGAAGUGUUGGAUAUAUUCGAGGUGUAACUGGUUCACUUUCAAGAAGUGGAUCACCAGUAGAGAAGAUAUUUAAUCCGCCCGCAAAGACACCAUCAUUACCUCCUUACAUUUUUAGAAAUAGAACGUCAAGAAAACGUCCGGAGAUUGUUUCACGAAGGUCAAGAAGAAGACUUAAAAGAUUUAGACUUUCAAGACCGAAUGAAGCUCAAAUUGGUUUUAGUAUAGAAAAUUUAAUUCAAACAGAAAAUGCAAUUCAAACAGAAAAUGAGGGGAGAAACGAAGAUAAUAUAAAUUGUUCAUCUGAAGAUGAGUCAGAUGAAUUACCAUUUGAUAAUAGAAUACGAAGAAUGCGAUCACAUUCUAUGAGUAGUUUUUAUGCUAAACAGAAAAAAAAGCAACAAAAACAACUGCAGCACAAAAUCACGAGAUCAAAUUCAUUUAAUAAUUUGGAUACAGCCAAGGAACAAAAUUCGAAAGAACAAAGAGAGAAAUCUUUGAGGGAGAUUGUUAAAAGUUUAGAGGUUCAAAUUUUGGAAUCUAAAAUGCCACAAUCAGCAAGAUCAGUUCAAGCAUUUUAUAAUCUUUGGAAUUUUAUUUAUGAUCAAUGGAGAAGAUUUUAUUAUUAUUAUUAUUAUAAGAAAUCAGAGGAAGAUGAUGAAUAA